AUGCUCCGAGAUUGGAUGAUCGGCACGCGGCCACCACCAUCACCACUAUCAUCGUGGCGCCGCGCCACGCCCCAUUCGAUCGAUAUGAUACGCGUCGUGCAAAAGCGCGCCAGUACAGUGACAUCGCGUAGCGAGUCCUGGAGGCGUCGCGCGCCGCCUCAACGUGUCAACGAGGCCAAGCGAAUCAAAGCGCCGCGCCGCGCCGCGCUCGAUCGAUCGAUACGCGCGCACAGGCGAGCGAGGCGAGCGAGCGGUGACGGUGGCGGCGGCGGCGACGGCGGCGGCGACGGCGACGGCGGCGAGAGCGUCUUCGCGUGCUGGUGGCGCGUAAAGCAGGCGGCGUCGGCAAGCUCUGCUCUACGCGCCCGCCGGCUACGUGUACAGCGACACAGCGCGCCGAUGCGUCGCGGCGCUCCCGACUCGUCGACGCGCAGGCUCGCGACGCAAGGUCUCGGGGCGCGACGCCGUGCGUGCGUGCGUGCGUGCGGCCAGGAUGGCUCGGAUUCGCGAUUCGCGAUUCGCGAUUCGUGGGUGGAGCUGUGCGGCGACGGUGCGGGGCGGGCAAGUCCUGCAACUAGAACGGCGCACACCGCGCACCCUACGAACGGGCGCGAGCCGCGGGCCGCGGGCCGCGAGCCGCGAGCUGCGCUGCGAUGGGGCAAGCACAGAGCGGGCACGGAGCCGGGCGGGAGUGAAGAGGGAAAGAGGGAGCUCCGGUCGCACGGCGCGAGUUUAUUUUUGCGCGCGGGGGUGUCUGUGGCGCUUGCUGCGUGGGCUGUGGAUGGACGCUGCGGCGGGCUUGAGGCCUGUGGACCUGGGUCCUUGGAGGCGAAGUUGCCGCUCACGCCUGGUCGGAUGGGGUACUGGGGACGUGCGGUUUGCCAUCCGGACGAUACGGCCUGGGCCUGGGCCAAAUGA